AUGAGUUGGUCCUGGCAAGCGUUUCCUCUGUCUGUGGCGUCUGCACCGUUGUCUUCAUCCUUUUCGCCAUCCUCCUACUCACCUUCAUCCCUACUCUCCCCAGUUUCCGUAACGGAAUCAGCAUCACCACCGCUCUCACCAUCUCGUUGCGCAACAUCACUCCACACCACUGAUCCUUUUGCCGCUGAACCCGCCUGCGCGGACAGUACCGAGCCUAGUUCUGCGAGCUCUCUUGCAGCGGUCAAAAUCAAGUGGGCGAGCGAGCGGGAACGAGCGGAGCAACUGGAGCUUGAAGUUUCUGCGCUGAAGGCGGAGAUGGCUGCAUCACGGGAGGAUAUGCGCAUGGAGAGGGAGGAGUUUGAGGCUGCCAUUGACGCCCUCAAGGCGUCGCUUGCCCGGCUGAUGCGAGAGCACUCAGAGGAGCUGCAGCAGCUGCGAGCUUUGCUGGAGGAGGCAUCUGGAGCCAAGGCGGCAAUGGCCAAUGAGGCAUCAAGCGUGUGGGGUGACAAGGCUGACUGCCAGCAAAGUGGUGUGGAUACUGCUGACGAGGGCAGGGAUGUGGAUGGAAGGCACGGGGCUGAGGCUGGCGCACCAGGAUGUGAAGGGCACGCGAGUGAAGAGGAUCCACUGAUGGAGGAUGAGAAGGAGAGCAAGGAGGGGGGCAGCAUGGAUGGCCGAGUUACGGACAAGGCAGAGGCUGGCGCUGAUGUUGGCACGCACAAAGACGAGGAGUGGACAAUAGGUCAAGGGAACGUGGAGUGGUUGCAGCAGAAAUUGCAGGAGAGCCAAGCACGAGUGGCGGAGUUAGAGAGAGAGGUGGUGGUGCUGGGAGAGCGUCUUCUGGACGCAAGGAAACGAGUGACAGCAGGAAUGGUGCAGAUGGAGAUGAUGCGUCUCAGCAGCGGAAUGGCCAGAAUCCAAUCUGUGCCUCGUUUGGAUGCGCAUCCCGUGGAAGCGCCUGAGUAUAAUGAUGACUGUGAUGAUGGUAGCAGCUGCGAUGGUGGUGCUGAUGUUCUGUGUGUCGAAGAAGAAGUUACCUCUGCCACCCCUGCUGCAGCAGAUGCUCCAUCGGAUGCCUGUUGCUCACUCAAUUCUGCCAGUAGUCAAGUGGAUAGGGAGGAGGACCAUGCUGGUGGUCUCAGUACACAUGCAGCGGUGAGCUUGGAUGCUGAUGCGCAUGGCAGCAGCACUUCGUUGGGGUCCUGUGAAGCACCAGAGGUGGGAGUUAGCGGUGGUCCAGAAGUGAAUCCCGCGUGUGACGAACCUGCUAGUGCUCUUACUGAUAGGAAGGUUCGGUUCAGAGAGUUUGUGCAGGUGUUUGGGAGUGAGGCGGAAUCUUUUGACUGCUCAGAACGCAUGAUGCUUUCAGACGAGAAGAGCUGGGACUGGAUGGAAAGCGCACAGGCAAGAGACAGGCAGAGGGAGUGGUGGCCGACAGGGCAGAGCGUGAGGGAGCAACGGAAGCUGACAUGCUCUGACCACAGCAACGUUUGGCAGGACUCAGAAACACAUGCAGGGCAUGGGUACGAGAGGGUCAGCAUGUAUGGUGCAGAAGAGAUGUUGGGGGAGCAACGGAACGGUCAGCAGUGGAAGCGGAGGGAGUUGUUGCUGCAGCAGAUGGAGGCUCAACUGCUGUGUGUGGAGGAGCGGCUGGGGGAUUACUGCUCCGACAUUGCUGGGCAAAUGAAGGUGGAGAUGCAGGCUGUGGCACAACAGCUUCUCAAUGGGAUGGUGAGCUGGCAAGGCUGGAAGGAGAACAGGAGGACAAAGAAGAACGUGGCUGCUGAUCCUACGGAAACACAAGGGAAACCUUCUUGUGCUACUGUAGUCGGUGCAGACGGUGCAGUGGCUGCAGUUGGGAGCUGUGAUGAGUCUUGUACGGGAUCUGGGUUUGUUCCGCAGCCGCUAGACGUGGUGGCAGCCUGCGUGAGCGAAGUCAUGUUUGAGGAUUUCGAGUGCGACCGGUUCCAGAGAGCAGCGUACUGCGAGUUCACAUCUGACAGUGAGAGGUGUGCGCGCAACUAUGACAAGUUCCUGGUGCAGCGCUGGAGGCGAGGGCCCAUGAAUCCUCUGAGGGAGCCAAAGUUCGUGAGUUUCUGUGAGAGGAAGGCUGAGAGGGUUGCUGAUGUGCUGGUGGGGGCGAUGCUUGCCGUCUCGCCAUUGGCCGGCAAGCACGAUGGCAGUUUAUCCAGGAGCGAUAGUGCUGGCAGCAAUUCGACCAGCAAUAGUGGGAGCAGCAGCAAUGACUGUUGCAGUAUGGAGGACAGCAGUGAGAGAGACUCUCCAUCAAGUGGAACUACAUGGGGAACGGACACCUCAGGUAGUGAUGACGCUUCCCAUGUUGCCAACAAGUGCGACAGUGGAAAUAAUGAUGUUAAUGGUGGGGUGGACUCAAUCAUCUGUGGCAGUGGUAUCUCCUCCGAAAAGUUUGUGGCUCUAGCUCGAGCAGUGUGGGCGCUUCAUGCCCUGGCAUGGGCAUUCCCAGAGCCCGCUCGAAUUUAUCGUGUUCAACCGUUUUCGCCCUUCAGCUCUUCUUUUAUGCGGGCUGUGAACCGAGAGUGGGUUGUACACGGGGCGCUUCACAAGCAGCACAUGGCGGCCUUCGCUAUCUUGCCAGCGUUCGUCAUUGGAAGUACAGUGUUAUGUGGCAAGGUCAUUGUCACUGUACAGGAGAAACACCAAUGUGUUGAAUGA